UAAAUUUCUUGGUGUAUAAAGAUGGAGUUUCAUUAAUGGUGUUACUACUUUUGACCAAUUUAAGCUCUCUUAGCUCCUCUAGUAAUUGCAUCAAGAGGAAAACAAGAGAUGGAUUGGGGAUUCAGAUAUUCCAUUUUCGUCUAUGCAAUACUUUUCUUCCAGCUUGUAAGCCAAGGCAGUGGGAGUAGAAAGAUCCUGGAAAUGAAUACACAUAAACAUUCAGAUUCAGCAUCGCAUAUGGGUGAUGAUCGAAUGGAUCCCGAAGUCAAUAUCUUCUUCACUCCCGAUGAUCUCAAGACGGGCAAAACACUGCAGAUCUUCUUCGCCGCCGUCGGAGACGCCUCGGCGUCGUCUCCUCGUCUCCUCUCCAGGGCGGACGCCGAUUCCAUUCCAUUUUCAUCGGCCGAGCUUCCGCAUCUCCUAGACCUCUUCUCCUUCUCCCCAGCCUCGCCGCAGGCGAGAGCGAUGGAAGAGACGCUAGGGCACUGCGAGUUCCCGGCGAUGAAGGGCGAAACGAAGUUCUGCGCCACGUCUCUGGAAUCGCUGCUGGAUUCGGUUCGCGGAAUUCUCGGAUCGGGGUCUCGGAUCAGAGUCGUGACCACGGAAUUCGUCACCAACCGCUCCGCCGCGGCGGCGGCGGUGCGGAAUUACACUAUUGUGGGAGCUCCGAGGGAGAUUCCGGCCCGGAAGAUGGUGGGAUGUCACAGCUUGCCGUACCCUUACGCGGUGUUCUACUGCCACAGCCAAGAGGGCGACACCACCAGAGUUUUCAAGGCUUCGUUGGUGAGCGAGAAUGGAGAGGAAAGAGCGGAAGCCGUCGCCGUCUGCCAUAUGGAUACCUCGCGGUGGAACCGCGAUCACGUCUCGUUUCGCGUGCUGGGAAUCCGGCCGGGAAGCUCCCCGGUUUGCCAUUUCUUCCCACCUGACAAUCUAGUUUGGGUUUCCUCAGAUUCUCACGAUUUCUAGUGCACCACGGUACUAGUAAUCGGGCAUCAGUAUUAUUACUGGAUUUGUAUUUACAUAUUUGUAUUUGGUAUUGAAUAGAGCUUAAUUCUAUGAAUAAUUUUACAUACACUAGAAUUUUCUUAUCAAA